UGGGAUGCAGGGAGUGAUGGGUCAGGGGGUGGGACGCCGGGAGCAUUCUGCCACUCGAUAAAUAAACAUGGGCUGUACGCCAGUCUUUCUGAGGAAUUGAGAUGGAGGGACUCGGAGAGCUAAAGUCGAGCCUUCCAUAAGAAGUCCAACAGGGAACAGAGUCGAGCCUUCCACAAGAAGUCCAACAGAGAACAGAGAUUUUGUAGGCUCCACUCGUCUUGCGCCCACUUUCCACGGCAGGCACCACAAACCACCCCUCGGCCGACCUGGUCUAGCUACGAGCCAUGCUUCCUCGCCCAUCUUUCCUCAUGCCUCUCCUCGCGGCCUGGGUCUUCCAGGCCGCGACGGUCAUCUGCGGCUUUAGCCCAAGUGCCCAGAACAAUCUUGCCGUCUAUUGGGGCCAGAACUCCAUCAACCGCCCGACGGGCCAGGACGGAGCGCAGCAGCGGCUGUCUACCUACUGCUCAGAGAGCAACGUCAACGUGAUCCCACUCGCUUUUCUCAACAUCAUAUACAACCCCACGACCGUCAACUUUGCGAAUGCCGGCGAUAGAUGCACGCCGUUCCCCGGCACGACCCUGCUUGAAUGUCCAGAGAUUCAGCAAGACAUCCAGGCCUGCCAGGCCCUGGGCAAGACAAUCCUCCUCUCCAUCGGCGGCGCGACCUACACCGAGGGCGGCUUCCGCUCCGAGGCCGAGGCCGUGGCGGCCGCCGACAAGGUCUGGGCGACCUUUGGGCCCACUCAGGCCGGCGACUCCACGGCGCUGCGGCCCUUUGGCGCCGCCGUCGUCGACGGUUUCGACCUCGACUUCGAGUCCCCCCUGUCCAACCUCCUCCCGUUCGCCAGCCGCCUGCGCGCGCUGACGACGGGCGGCACGGCGAGCCAGCCGGCGCGCCGCUUCUACCUGACGGCCGCCCCGCAGUGCUUCCUGCCCGAUGCGGCCCUGGACGUGGUGCUGUCGUCAGACGUCUUGUUUGAUUUCGUCAUGGUACAAUUUUACAACAACUGGUGCGGCGUCCACAACUUCCGCCCGGGCGUCGACGACCAGCCCAUCUUCAACCUGGCCCAGUGGGACGCCUGGUCCACGUCCCACACCGGCGGCAGGACCAAGAUCCUGGUCGGCGUGCCCGGGCGUGCGGGCGCCGCGGGCAGCGGGUACGUCGACGUCCCGGCCCUGGCCGCAAUCAUAACCUACGCCCGCCGUUUCGCCAGCCUCGCUGGUGUCAUGGUCUGGGACGCGUCGCAGGCCUGGGCCAACCCCGGGUGGCUGGACGGCGUCGCGGUCGCCCUCGGUGGUGGGGGCGGUGGGCAGCAGCCCCCCGUGACGGCGACGACGACUACGGCGACCCCGACGACGCUGGUCACGUCAACCACGACCAGGACCACUUCCAGCAGCACCGUCACGCCGACGCAGACUGGAGGACCGCCGGGGGUGCCGCAGUGGGGGCAGUGUGGUGGGAGGGAUUACACGGGGCCGACCGUGUGCCAGGCGCCGUACAAGUGCGUCUUUCUAAGCGAGUGGUGGGCAUCGUGCCAGUGAUUCGGACGUUGCUGGCCACAGAGGGGGGCUCCUUGUUCACGGCAGAUGGGCUUGUAUACCCUACUUUGGCACAAUGUGCUUUAUUGAGUCACUCCCCUCUGAUCAGAGCAUUAGCAGGAUACAGAGCCUUGCGGGCUACCUAAUAACUCCAUUCCCAG